AUGAGGGCUAAAGCUACAAGCAUGCAACUUUUUAUAAUAUCACUUGUGGUUUGGCUUCUAGAAAACCAAAUCUUGGAGAGCUAUGGAUGCCUCAGCGUAGAGCGCGAAGCUCUUCUCGCAUUCAAGUCCGGUGUCGUCGAUCCACGAAACUGCUUGUCUUCUUGGGAAGGCUCUGAUUGCUGCAGAUGGAAGGGAGUUCGGUGCAACAACGAGACUCGCAGAGUGGAGAAGCUCAAACUCAGAUGCCCUUGUGCAACUUCCGCAAAUAGAAGCUACAGAGGUUUUGGUGGUGAGAUCAAUCCAUCAUUGCUAUCUUUAAGCCACUUGAAGCACUUAGAUCUCAGCAUAAAUAACUUUAGUACCGGUUUCCCUAAUUUCAUAGCUUCGUAUAAGAAGUUAAGAUAUCUUGACCUCUCUUAUGCGGGUUUUACUGGAGCGAUACCUCCUGAAUUUGGAAACUUAUCAACUCUUCGUUAUCUUGACCUUAGUAAUAUUUAUGCUAAACUUACUACUACCUCUCAUGGCAAACUAUCGUGGAUCAAAGGUCUCCAUUCUUUAAGGUACCUUGACUUGACCUCUGUGUUGCUACAAAAUGCGAAUGAUUGGUUGCAAGGAGUAAACAUGUUGUCUUCAUUGCAAGUGCUCCGCUUAGGGUUGUGUUUUCUUCCAAGCAAUCCUAACCCCAUUUCCAAUUUUAACUUAACAAGUUUGACCAUACUUGAUCUCCAAGACAACUUGUUCAACUCCACUUGGCCCGGUUGGCUUCGGAACUUCACUAGUUUGACUGAUCUAAAUCUCUUAAAUAACAAUCUCUUUGGCCCUAUUCCUGUCGAGCUAAACAAUUUUACUCGGAUUACUUCCCUCUUGCUAGGAUCCAACAACUUGGACGGUCAAGUAGCAGAUUCAAUCAAUAAUCUUUGCAGAUUGGCCACUUUAGAUUUGUCUGGAAUUAAUAUUGAUAAAGAUAUAGUCGAAUUCCUGUCAAUAUUCUCGUGUGUCCCACUUAACAAUUGGCGAGCACUGAAUUUAAAGAAAACAAAUAUCAGGGGUAAUUUGUCUGGCUGGCUCGAACAAAUGACGAGUCUUAUAUAUCUUGAUGUCAGCAAUAACUUCUUUAAUGGUUCGAUACCUGAAGGGAUACAAAAAUUGUCCAAUCUUUAUUUUCUUGACCUUUCCGAAAAUUUGUUUCGGGGGGUUGUGCAUGAAACGCACCUUAUGAACUUCACGAAAUUGGAGGUGCUGAGGUUGAGUGGAACAUCUCUUGAUUUGAAGGUGGACGAUAAUUGGGUUCCUCCUUUUCAAGCGAACGAAUUAGUUCUGAGCUCAUGUCGAUUGGGUCCACGAUUUCCAAGAUGGCUCCGGUUGCAGACAAAAAUCUUCGUCCUAGAUUUGUCAAACAACGAUAUCACAGGAGCUAUUCCUAAUUGGUUUUGGGACCUAACUUCUCCCAUAGUAUUAUUGGACCUUUCUAAUAACCAAAUUAGUGGCAUGCUGCUAUCCUCUUUGGAAAACAUGACAUCUUUAUAUGCGUUAAAUUUAGCUUCUAACUUUUUAGAAGGAUUCCUACCAUUUCUGCCACAUUCUUUGGAAUGGCUUGAUUUCUCAAGCAAUAUGUUUUCUGGAUCAUUUCCACAGUCUUUCUNCGGAACUUCACUAGUUUGA